UGAGAUUAGCCGUGUUUCUUCAAAGCCUUCAUAUCUGAGUAAGACACAGGAUUUCCCACAGCAAAUGAACAAAGAGCUCUUCCAGGAUGAAGAGAAAUGGUAGAGGAGGAAGAUAAGAAAGAAAGAGACCCGAAGCAAGACUAGGCUAAAGAUCCGUGUGGUACGGGCCAGAGGAGAAGGAAAGAGGAGCCAUGUGGCACGUUAGUUGUUCUUUAAAUCCUAAAGUGCUCCCAGACGGGGUCCCUGCAUGGGCGACCAUGAAGAAAGGACUGGUUGGAGGAGUCAAAGGGAAGAGGAAGAUGUUCUCGUUUUCUUUACGAUGUCGGAUUGGAGUUAUCAGAGGAAGGGUUAAAGAUGAUGUCCCAUACACAAAGGGAAGCAAAGAUUCUGCAAGUGACAGCAGUGGCCUCAACAAGAGGAGUAGCAUUGUUGAUGAGCAGAGAGGUGUGACGACAGUGGAACUGAUUAAAAAAGAGGGCACCAGUCUCGGCCUCACGAUCUCCGGAGGUUGUGACAAGGACGGCAAGCCAAGAGUGUCGAACCUAAGACCAGGAGGUCUCGCAAUCCGGAGUGACCAACUCAAUGUUGGGGACUACAUAAAGUCAGUGAACGGCAUAAACCUGUCCAAACUCAGACAUGAUGAGAUCAUCAGCAUGCUGAAGAACAUCGGUGAGCGUGUGGUGCUGGAGGUGGAGUACGAGCUGCCGCCAUUCGCUCCCAGCAGUCCCUGCAGCGUCAUCUCUAAAACUAUCGAAGUGUGCUUGGAAAAAGAAGGAAACAGCUUUGGCUUCGUUCUGAGAGGGGGCUUUCAUGAGGACUGGCAUAAGGCUCGACCUCUAGUAGUGACCUACGUCAGGCCCGGCGGACCCGCAGACAGAGAGGGUACCCUGCGAGCGGGCGACCGAGUGUUGAGCGUGAACGGUGUUGCUGUGAACAGACAGAAACAUGCUGACGCUCUGACCCUGAUCAUGCAGAGCAGCCAGGAGGCUUUCUUCCUCAUCGAGUAUGACAUCAUGGUCAUGGACUCAGUCCAGAAGUCAUCUGGGCCGCUCCAGGUGGACAUUGCCCGCUCUGCAGGUUCAGUACUGGGACUCAGUCUCACUACCUCUCUCUACAGGAACAAACAGGUCAUUACAAUCCAGAAAAUCAAACCUGCUAGUGUUGCGGACAGAUGUGGUGCUUUGCAUGUGGGAGAUAUUCUCCUGGCUAUAGAUGGCAUGAGCACAGAGCACUGCUCUCUGAUGGAGGCUCAGCAGCUCCUGUCCAGCUCCUCAGAGCUCACCAAACUAGAGAUCCUGCCCUCUCAACACUGCUCACAUGAUACAGUACGUGUCCAGCGGAGUAGUCAGCGUCAGUGGGACUCUAGUGACAACUACAUCAGCGCUCCUCCACCUUUCCAAAAAACACCCUCAGCCUGGAGUCACACCACCCCUACACCCUCACUCCGAUCUGUGACGUCUGGCAUCUCUGCAAACACAUCAGGCUUUCACAGUUACAGCUGUAGCACCCAGUCGACGUACCCCAACACCUUCCCCAGCAGCACCCUGCCCUCCUACCCAUCCAGCCCUCGCUGCACCGCCACCAAGAGGAGACAAAGGAGAAGAGACCACAAGAGCUCCUUGUCUCUGGCGACGAGUACAGUGGGCGCCGGCGGUCAGGUGGUGCAUAUAGAAACCAGUGAGGUGCUUCUGAGAGGAGAUCCUCUUUCUGGAUUCGGCCUGCAGUUACAGGGGGGAGGGUUUGCUACAGAACCGCUGUCAGCGCCUGCCUGUGUUCGCUUUAUAGAGCCUGACACACCUGCUGAAAGGUGUGGGGUGUUACAAAUUGGAGAUAGAAUUCUUUCCAUUAAUGGGAUUCCCACUGAAGAUGGAACACUGGAAGAGGCCAAUCAGCUGCUCCGAGAUGCAGCACUGGCCAAUAAGGUCAUACUGGAGGUGGAGUUUGAUGUAGCAGAAUCAGUCAUUCCCAGUAGUGGCACAUUUCAGGUUAAGUUGCCCAAGAGACGUGGAGUGGAGCUGGGCAUUACGAUCAGUGUGAGCAAGAAGCCAGGAAAACCUUUGAUCAUCUCUGAGAUACAGAGAGGCAGUAUUGCACACAGAAUAGGAACCCUGGAGCCAGGUGAUUGUCUGCUGGCCGUUGAUAAUGUUCGGCUGGAUAAUUGUGGGAUGGAUGAGGCCAUGAUGGUCCUCCAGCAGGCCGAGGGGAUGGUCAAACUGCGGAUUCAGAAAGACGAAGACAACCUGGAUGAAUUAGAGUCGUCCGGUUCAGUCAUAUUCACAGUAGAGCUCAAGAGACACGGAGGUCCUCUUGGAAUCACCAUUUCAGGCACUGAAGAGCCCUUCAACCCCAUCCUGAUCUCCAGCCUGACCCGCAACGGCCUCGCACAAAGGACUGGCGCUCUUCAUAUCGGUGACCGUGUUUUGGCCAUCAAUAACAUGAGUCUCAAGGGAAAACCUCUGAGCGAGGCCAUCCACCUUCUGCAGACCGCCGGAGACACGGUUACGCUCAAGAUCAAGAAGCGAUCUGAACCACUUUUGGAGUCAGAAAGGGGCAGCCCGUCCAGGACAGCUUCGUGCGCCAGUGACAUGGAAGACGAUCGCUCAGAUUCUCUCGGGCGAGGGAAAUACUCUGAACUUCACCGCCUGACCACACCGCCCAGUCUGGAUUCAGCCAUGGACUCGUGGGAUAGUUCGGCCUUAUAUGGCCGAAGUCAAGGUGUCUAUAUUCAUAGGGCGUCUGAUUUCACUCUUCAUCCCAAUGACUGGAGACAGACCAAUCACAGGAGCCCGCUGAUCUCCAGAAGACACGACCACCGGCCUACAAUGUAUGAUGGGAGGCUGGGCGAGGAGGACUGGACAUACUACAGAAGUGUCUAUAUUCAUAGGGCGUCUGAUUUCACUCUUCAUCCCAAUGACUGGAGACAGACCAAUCACAGGAGCCCGCUGAUCUCCAGAAGACACGACCACCGGCCUACAAUGUAUGAUGGGAGGCUGGGCGAGGAGGACUGGACAUACUCUGGAUCUGUCAGUCCCGCACGCUGUCACAGCCACAACAAUACAGACGCUCAGGAGAACUAUUGGUCACAAGCUCUUCAGGACCUGGAGACCUGCGGCCAAUUGGAAAUCCUGCGGAAACUUGAGGCUACUAUAAUGUCAGGCAGCACGCUGAGUUUAGGAGAAGACAGCGAGAAGCAGAAUGAAGGCAGGACCAAAGCUCUCGCAUUGAGCCCAGAGAGGACCUCGGAGAACACCGCUGUACUGGAAGACAUGAAGGACACCAGCCCAUCAAUGCCAUUAGAGCUUCAUAAGAUCUGUAUGCAAAAGGAUGUUGACAGCAGGGAUUUUGGGUUCAGCGUGUCUGACGGUCUGCUGGAAAAGGGUGUUUACGUGAACGUGAUCCGUCCGGAUGGGCCUGCUGACCAAGCUGGGUUACGCCCAUAUGACCGUGUUCUACAGGUCAAUCACGCACGGACACGUGAUUUUGACUGUUGUCUAGCUGUGCCGUUGAUCACAGAGGCCGGAGAGCAUCUGCAGCUGGUCAUUAGCAGAAACCCUCUCGCUCAGGCACACGUUUGGCCACCUAAAAGUGACAUCUUGAUAUGAAUGUUUCAGGUGCAUGUGACGCAGUUCGGUGAUGUCAUUUGCGUAUCAUAAGGCGCUUUAUGUCUUUAUGUCCUGAUACAAACCACAAGUAAAUUCAGAUUUUAAGUGAAGUCCUUCAAAGGAGCUUGUUUUACGUCUAACUUUUAAAAGCAGAUCCGUCUCUGUAUAUCGUUUACCCACAAUCCUCUAUUCUGUGCAUAAACCCUUUUUCCUGGAUGUUAAAUAUGUAGAAUGCUAUGAAUAAGAUGUACGUUUAAUAUUCUUGGGUUAGAAAUGAUCAUUUCCUUUUUUAAAGAAAAUAAAGGCUAAAAACCAGUGUGUAUGUAACCCUGUCU